CUAUUCUAGAUCUAGAGCUAAUAUUUGAGUCUACAUAGAAUGACAUAGAUCUAAAUGAUAAAUCUACUUCUAGAUUAAGAUCUAGAUCUAGAGUCUAGAUGUAGAUCUAGAUCUAUAUGUCUAUAUAGAUAGAAACCAGAAAUCCUGAGAAAUAGAUCUAGAGUAGAGAUCGAGAUCUCAUCUAUAUCUAGAUCUAGUUUUUAAAAAGUUGUAUAGAGUUAGCAGUUAGAGUUACUUGUAGAUAUCUAGAUCUAAUCAAUCUAAUCUUAAUCUAGAUUCUAUAGUCUAGAGAGAGUUACUUACUUAGUUAGAGUAGACUAGAUGUACACGACUGGACUGUCUGUAUUAUUAGAAUUCCAAAGUGUAUUAGUGUAUUGUAGAUCUAUACAUAAUGAUAAUACAGCCGCAGUUAUUGAAAGCUGGUUUAAAUUAUUAGCUAUAGUAAUAGCAGCCUAGUUACUAGUGUGAUAAAAUGUCAAGUGUCAUUAUCCAGUGCUUUUUGUUUCUAUUUUUACUGGUACAAUGUUAUCGUCUGGGAGGAAGCCACAAAGUUUACCCACAAAAAAACAUUCACUCCCAGGAGGAGAUAGAAAUCAACCUAACUUUCAGCCAAUACAGUUGUGAUCAGAAUUUUUUAAGCGUGGCCAUUGAUUCCUCAGAAAUUAAGAACAAAUGGAGAGGUUUUGACUUUAGUUCACAAAAAUUGCAGAACUUGGCCCAUGCUUUGUCACCAGCUUACAUUCGCAUUGGAGGAACCGAUGCAGACUUUCUUAUUUUUAAUCCUAAUGAGCUUACAGAGGCUGAGAAUGAGAUGUCAUAUAAACCUGUUUCAAAUUAUACUGGAUUGAAGAAGGAUGAACAGGAAUUUACAUUAACAGGAGGAGUGUGGCGAAACAUGACACAUUUCUUUCAAUAUGUUGGAUGGGAUGUAAUAUUUGAUUUUAAUCUCUUUCUGAGAAAAAAAGAUCUGUGGGAUCCCUCAAAUGCCUCUUCACUAUUAAGUUUCUCUGAAAUGAAUGGAAUCAACAUAGCAGCGUUUCAAUUGGGCAAUGAACCUAACUCAUAUGAACACAACUUCAACUUUACAAUCUCACCAUCUGCUCUACUGAAUGACCUCAAAACUUUGAGAAAUGUCCUGAAUGAUCAUCCUUUCUACAGAAGUAGUGGUUUAUUUGGUCCUGAAGUAACUAACCUGGGUAACCGGGCAGGAUCCAGUACUUACCUAAAACAAUUUUUGGAAGCAGGAGCUUGUGAUGUAAUGGACUAUAUUUCAUCUCACCACUAUUAUUUGGAUGGACGUACAGCCACAGCGGAUGACUUUUUAAAUCCUCAAGUGCUAGACACUUUGAAAACUUCUGUUGAAACUGCCAGAACCAUCAUGAGAGAAAAUAACUGCCCCCUUCCUCUUGCACUGACAGAAACAUCAUCAUGUUACGGAGGUGGUGCGCCUAAUUUAUCAGACAGAUAUCUUGCUGGCUUCCUAUGGCUGGAUAAACUAGGAGUGACGGCUCUGAAUGGAUAUUCUAGGAUAUUCAGGCAAACAUUCUACUCCGGUCAUUAUGCUCUUAUAUCUAGUGAGCUGGAACCUAACCCAGACUUCUUCUUGAGUGUGUUGUUUAAAAAGUUGGUAGAAGGGCCAGUACUCACAGUUGUGAAACAACCAGAGAAGAUCAGAGUAUAUGCUAAUUGUGCUAAUACUGCUUUUUACCCUCAAGGAUCUAUUGUCAUUUAUUUCUUAAACCUGAGGGACACGCCAGUAAAUUUGUCACUUAGCCAGUUUGCUGACUUGAAAACAGAUGUAUACCUCCUGACUCCUGGUGAUUCUGAUGGUCUUAAAUCUAGGUUUGUGAAACUGAAUGGGAAUUUAUUGGUAUUGUCUGGAUCUGAAUUACCACCUUUACCCCCAAGAACUGUUCAAGGAGUUAUCUCCCUGGAGCCUCAGAGUUUUGGAUUUGCUGUCAUCCCAGGCGCCAAAGCUUCAAUUUGCAUCAAAUGAUAACAUAUCUACAGUGUCAUUGACAAUGAUGUUCAAGACAUUUAUAUGUAAAUAUAUAUAGCAUGUAAUACAAUGAGGUUGGUUCUAGUUUAGAGUAAUCAUAUCAAGAAAAAAAUACAAGGUUUUAAUGUUCAGCCAUUUUAUAUAUUAUUUUUUAUUUACUUUUUUUUUUAACAGAAAGCUUUGUUCCAGCAUAAUAAUAUAAUAAAAAGGAACAUGCUUUUUUUUUUUAGGAAUGCUGUGAUAAGUGUAUAGUUGUUGGUCAGUUUACACAAAAUAUUUGUUUCAAGCUUGGUGCAGUCAAUUGAAAUAAAACAUGGAUGUGAGAAAGCAAGUUAUAAGCAUUUAUUGUUUAAUAUGUUCUCACUCCGCAUAAUAAUGAAUUACUAUUUGCCAUAUGCAUAAAAAUUUAAACUUUUCUGAGCUGUGCUCAAAUUUUAGAACUUAUUUUGGUCAUGCAAUUCUUAAUACCUUUAAAACAGAUAUAAUGCUUUGUUUAUUAUCCAUUUGACAUUUCAGUAUUUGCAGAGUUAUGAAAAAGCUGUAGCUGUAGUCAUUUACUUUGGAAAGUGGUCUGAUUACAUUCAGUUGUGCUAGUAAAUACUUUCAGACUAUUAGUGAAAUAGCUGUGUUUCAUAUUGGAAGAACAAAUUCAACUAUUCAGUUCUCAGUAAGAAAAGUUAAUCUCCACUUUAUAUUUGAUAUCUGUGGCAUGAAACAUUGUGUUCUACUCAAUGUAAGCAUUGCUUAAAAUAAUAUCUAUCAUAACAUAUCAUAAUACUAGGUUUAUUUCUAGUCAUGGCUUUUAUUUUGACAAUGAGUAGAUUAAAUAGUUGGAUUAGCUAAUAUUGAAUCAAGAUAUUCAUUUAUCAGUUCUAUAUUAUUACAGAAUAGAGUUUCUUAUUGAAUAUUUAACAAUGUCUUUCAUAAUUCCAUUUAAUGGAGUUGUCUUCCUUUUUCCUAACUUUGCUAUUUUAAAAUCAAACCAAAAAUAACCUCUUCAUUUCCCCCCCUUUUAUUUGCAUUUGCAGAACAUUUAUCAGUACACAGCCAAAUAUAUAUGUCUCCUUCUGUCUCACAAGGAAUAUAUCUAGUCUACAUGAAUCACUGGUGUAGAGUUUUCUCCUUAAGCUUGGUAGAAUUUGCUGUGACUAAACAGGACAUUUCUGGAGUGCCAAAUUGUGCCACAGCUCUUGCAGAAGAAUAUGUAUCUUAGGGCUAUGAGAUAAGGCAGAUUUCUUUCUUUCUUUAACUGCCUCAGCACACAUAAUCUAUAUCCAUGCUGUGUCUGAUCUUGAGCCAUUUGUUUCCAUAUAUUUCUAUUGAUACACAUUGUCUUGAGGUUCUGAUUUUCAAAUAUCUAAUAGUGAUUUUGGAUGUCCCUUAGUUUGGUUCUAUCAGCAAGCUCAGCAUAAAGGAUGUCCUUGAGGGGAUGUUACUCCAAUUUACCAACAACAUAGUCUUCUGUGUGUGUGUGUGUGUGUCAAUACUGCAUUUACACUGUAUUGUACAAGUACUCUUGUAUGAAGUUUCAUUCGUAUAAUAAACACAGUUUUCUAGUGGCAUUUAAUUUCAUAUUGAUAAUUAAAUAAUCUAAUUUUCUUUAGUUUUGUUCUCAUUCUAAAUAUCUUCAUUCUAUAUCUUGGAUAUAGCAAUGGUGUUAUAUUGGAUUUGCUAAAUCCAGUUGAGCUAGCUAGUAACACAUAGUAAAUUGCUGCUACUUUUGAAACAGAAAUAGAAAUUUAUUGUAAUGUUUGCAUACAAUUUGCAUACUUUACUUUUGUUUCUUGUUAUUGAGUCACAUAUGCAUUUUUUCCAUAUGGUUUUAGCUAUUUUAAAUCUUUCUAAUGUAAACCACUUACAUACAAAAUUUGUUCUACUAAAGAUUUUUAUUUUUAUUUGGCCAAUGUUGAAUCUAGAGAACUUUAUCUAUUAUGGGAGACAGUUAUUCUUUGGGACAUUCCAAUUUACUCUUCAAGAUUUACAUAGAUGUUGGAUGCAUGCAUUGUUCCUUUUUACAACAUAGCCUCUACAAGAUAGCGUCUACAACAUAUCGUCACUGGGGCUCCCUUUUUUUUCUUAUAUAAUAUACUAUUACAAUACUUUUAUUUAUUAUGAAGCUUUUUUUUUAUGGUGCAAUGAUUAGAAAUUUCAUCAAUGUACUGUACUAGUUCUAUUUAUAUAUACAACUACUACAAAGACAUUUUAUACAAAUAUUUAUAUACACACAUAGAGGGCUACUAAAAGCCUUAGCAUUGCCACUUACAAAUAAGUUUGUCUUAGCUAUACAGUAAGAGCAUUGACAAUACAAUCCAUUUAUUUUUUUUUGAUUGUACAUAUUUUAUACAAAUUUUUACUUAAAAUAUUUUUACUCAAAGAGUUUUCUAUUGAAAUAUACUGAGUACUUUGAAUAAAACUAAAUGCUCAUGA